UCGGUCAUGUGAUCAGCUGUGUCCAAUCACAGCUGAUCACUGAUGAUCAGUGUGCCCUGAUGAUCAGUGUGGCCCCAGAAGUGCCACCUGUCAGUGCUCAUCAGUGCCACGUGCCAGUGCCCAUCAGUGCCACAUCAAUGCCACAUAGUGCAUACCAGUGCACAUCAAUGCCACAUAUCAGUGCCCAUCUGAGCUGCCUUUCAAUGUCACCCAUCAGGGCCAGUUAGUGCCACCUAUCAGUGCCAGUCAGUGCCGCCUAACAGUGCCAGUCAGUGCCGCCUAACAGUGCCAUAUAUCAGUGCUGCCUUUCAGUGCCCAUCAGUGAUGCCU